AUGAUCCGAAGCAUCGAUCUCCAUCGGCCAAGGUCGGCCACCCUUAAUAAGCUGAUUUUUAUGGAACCAACCGGACGCACUCGGGAAGACGAGAAACGGGGUAACAUCAGAUGGUACUUCUUCGGUCGGGCGUACAAGUCCUUCAGCCUCAAGAAGGCAUCUAGAUGUUCCGGAUCCAUAUUAAAGCGUGUUGCCUUCCUGAAAAUGACCGACUCGACCGAGAUUUGCGUGAAUUUUGAGCUGUGGGUCGACGCCCAUGUCCUCAAAUGCACAACUGUUCGGUGGUAUGAACGCGUGAUAUGUGCGCACACGGCGGCCGGGCAAUCUUUAUUCGCUAAGGACGCUCGCGUCUAUCGUCUAGGGCGGCUUAGACGAUGGUUCUUGCACAAGCUUACCGACGGUAACGCGGCGCAUGCGGUGAACAUAAUGACCACCGCGUUGCGUUACAUUCCUCAAAGUAAUUUCGAGGUGCGGCCGAAUCCAUUCGGUUCUUACGGUGGCUCCCUUGACUUUGUUGGUGCUCCCUAUGGUCUGGAGCCUGGUGCACUUCGUGCUGCUUCUGAUGAGAUUGUGCGCAACUGGGAUAAUGUGGAGAUUCGUAUAAAACAAUUUUGGCACGGCUUCGAGUACGGUGUGCUACAAGACGAGGAUGCGGAUGCGUUUCCUGCUCACGGCGAGCGCGGGAAUCGAAAUUGUUUCCAUGUCUUCGGCAAUUCUGCACACAUUCUAGAACGUGUCCGUGUGCUCGGGUUUCAUUUGACACUCAUGGGCUCCGGCGUGCUCCGGCAGUCUUCAGAACACGCAUGUUUUGAGGAGCAUCUCGAUCUACACAAUGCCAAUGAUGUCGCCAUAAUCUGUGUUCUUUCUAGAAGUGAUACUCACGAUGAAAGUGAAGAUGCGGAAGAGUACGCUCAGGAAAAAAGUGGAGUUCACAUCCGGACGUUACCUUUGUCUCAAACAUGUCCCAAAGUACGUUUUUCAUGGUUGUGUGUUGUGAUGGAACUUUUGUAG